AUGAAAACAAAUAAAAAAAUUGUGAACCACAAAAAUAACAAUCCUAUCUUCUUCUCUCAUCCCACCUUGAACCCAGUCCCCCAUCCCCAGUUCUCUCGACAAACUCUACCCAACCCCAAUCAAGCAAAAUGUCAUUCCUUCAACGGCGACCAUCGACUGUUAAGCCGCCGGCGAGAGAGGAGAAGACACCUUACCCUAACGAACUGGGAAAGAGGAACUCGUCGGUCGCCGAUGUCUUCGUCACCAACAACCCCCGGCAACUUACUGGCAAAGUUCAAAUCUAUACUCCUGUCGCCGCCUCGCCGCAAGUCCUCACUCCUCGGGGAGGGAGCUGGAAAGAGAGAGAGAAUUGGUGGUCGUGUUGGCUCCAGCAGUUGGCGGUCACUGAUUUGAAACAGGGUAAGAGGGAAUUCGAAACGAUGGGAAGCUGGCGGCUGGGAUUUUGAGCUGUGUGACUUGAAACAGAUCGAUCUGGGGAACCGAACUUGCAAGGAAUACGAGGGAAGCAACCCGAAAGUAAUGCUGGGUUGGUUGACGAUGUACAUCUCCGACGACCCCAAAAUCAUACAUCUCCGGGAGAAGUACGCAGGCGAGGAGAUAAGCAUAAUUUUGAAGGACAACCUGGCCGCUUAUUUGGCAAUCAUGGGUGUCUUCGAUCUCGUUGAAAACAUCAUUGUAAUUUGGAUACCCCCGGUCACCUUGUAGCUAGGCAUCAUCGAUGGGGAAAGAUGAAUUUGCAGGGGGAAGAUGAAGUUUCUGGGCAAAGGGGGUGGGGGUAGUGGACGCCGGGUUAUUUUCGUUUCUAUUUGUUAUAAGUUAAUUUUUCAUUUUUUAAGUAUAAAUAAAUGAUGUGGAAGCCACAUCACUACCACCUCAAUCACUAUGAGUCACUAAUGGAAUAAAUGUUUGACCGUUAAUGUUAACGGUCAACAUAGAUUUCAGGCCAAAUCUGUCCAUUAAUUUCAAAAGCGGGCCAUAACUGUCUUAUUUGAAAACUCAGACUAAAAUUGUCAUUUACGUCAAACUUCGGGACAAACUAGGGUAUUAACCCGCCUAAAACCAUCUAAUGCCACACAAAUCACGAAAUAAUAAAAUAAUAAACAAUUUUCACCCAGCAAAUCACAAAAUAGAAAAUUUAUCGACUCUACCUAGCGACGUGCGCGGGCAAUCAAUUGGAAUUAGCGGACGAACCUUCUCGCCGGCUGGCUUACACACAUUCUCACAUCGGCUGGCUUACACACAUUCUCACACGCGACUUCAAUGUGCGCGGGCUUUCUCUCGUCACUCCGAAUCCGGAAGAACCUGCUCGCCCGCUUGCUUACGCACAUUCUCACACCGGCGGCGGCGCAGCUGCUCCUUGACUUUCUCCCCGUCCGGCAGCAGCGCAGCUCCUCCUUAGCUUUCUUCUGGUCACUCUCCGAAUCCGUAUACUAGAGAUUAAAAUCCCCCUCCUACUCACCUUCUCUAUAUAUCUGUUCUACAUAUAGACUAUGCUUAGCGUAGCCUCCAACAUCGGCGAGUCAUCUUCUUCGCAUAUUACCCUCAAACGAAUGCCAACUCAUGGGCUUGAAGUUUGCACACGCGACUUCAAGGACAAACCAGCUCUGAUACCAUGUCAUAAACCAGUUGAUCACAAUAACUCGAGUUGUUGGGAGAAGGUUAUGCUGGAUCUUAUACAGGCCCAUAUAUGUCACCUAACCACCUUGCAGGAAUGUCAAUUUUACAUCUUCCACGAGUAUCAACAGGAUAGCUUUCUUUGGUUCCUUUCAAUUUAUGGGGGGAACUUGAUAUGUUUCAAACAUAUCGCAAUGGUUAGGGGUAACAGAAAGUAGAGCAGGAAACCUAUGAUAAACAAUAUGUCACGCGUAGACCUUGAAAUCCAAAUGAAUAUAAGAAGCCAACAGGCAGGCAGAUAGAUCAUCAUGAGAAGAAACGGAUGCCUGAGCUUUUGAGAAAGCAAGUGCAUUUACAAGCAUAAGUUGCUAGAACAAAUCCCCUCUACUGCACCGUUUCCCACACCUUGAUCCAUAUAUUCGAAAUCCACCCUCUAAUGGUGCUACUUAUCUCUUGCAGGAAAGGGUCGUGCCAUUUUUUACCACCUGAAACUGCUCCCACCACCCCAAAGGACCCCAGGGUAUAUGAAUCAGGUAAGUUUGUAUUCUUUACCGUGAUCGUUUAUUAUUCUGCUGAGGUGUUUACGGCACCUGUGUUGUUUUCAUUGUGCUGCAAACAAGGAAGUGUUAGACUGCCACAUCGCAAGGACCCCCGGAAUUUCUGAAAGCCUUGCUUGAAGGGAGUACUUUAAUUGCCCGUCAUUUCCGUCAAUUUACUCGCGGAUAUAAUGGAAUUUUCCGCUUCACUUCGCUUGGUGGCAAAGUGGAUUAUUCUAUAAACAAUGGAGCUGGUGUCUAUGUUUACUCUAUUGGUGGACAAAUAUAUCAUCGCAUUGGCAGUUUACUUCCUCCUCAAGGUACAUCCCCAAGUUCGCACAACUCUAUAUCUACGACACAAUGAACGAGACAAGAAACGAAUUGGAUUUCUAUAAUCAAGAUGGAGAGGCGAAUCCUUUACGUUAAUCUGUUGUCGAAGGAUUGCACGCGAUGUUAGAUCAGAAAAAUAUUUUGGUUAAACGUUCCGCACUGCAAGAGAUAGAUUAAACGAAGGGGCAAUCCAACAAGCUCACAUAAGAUUGCUUGCAAACCGAGCAGGUGUCGGCCGAGAGUAUGAUUUACCGACGGCUGAUGAAAAUAAGGAUCGUAUUUUAAUUUUCUCCGGCCAACGGGUCGAGCAACAAGUUAGUUUAUAUAAUAUAAUUGCUUGUGGUUGUGAUAGUGAUAGACUGAUGGUAAAUAUUUUCCAAUUAACAUUGAAAUUUGGGGUUCACAUUACAUUAUUAUUAUUAUUAUUAUACUAUAUUUUGCAUAUUUUUAGAUAAAACAUUUUUUACUUUUUGUUUAACAAAAAUAAGGGUAACAUGCAUGUUCACAUAAAAAGAGAAUUGUGAUUUAAAAUUAAUUUUAUAAGAGUCCAAUCAACUUUGAAACCUAAGUAUUAACUAGGUGGCGAUGCCGCGACUUGUCGCGAGGCGUACAUGACAUAUGGACAUGUAUUAUGUAGCCCGUUAUAGUGUUUUGUUAGUAUUAUUAGUCUCCAAUUAAUUUUUAGUUAGCAUUUUUGUUAGUAAUAUUGACUGAGAAAUAUGGCGGUCAACAUCGAAUCUAUUUUUCCUUUUUUGAAAAUUUUGGCUAGUAAAUGAUAUUUACCUAAACCCAAGUAGACCAAUUGAUUUUGGGUAGGGUAUAAGUGACGUAUAUAUGAGUUUAAGAGUUUGUAGAUGGGUUUGCGUAGGGUAUAGAUAUUUACUUCCAUAAUCUAAAUGUGUAUGAGUUGGGUAUGAAUACUCAUUUAUUCGAGAGUAUUUUAUUUACACAUACAAAAAUUAGACCUAUUUAAUUAUUUAUAGAACUUCAAAAGUUUAGGUACCAAAAUGCAAUACACAAAAAAUUAUAGGUAUAAAAAGGUAAUGUCCCAUCAAUAUUUUGAGGACUAUAUGCAAAAAAAAAAAUUAGGUUAUAAAUCUAAAGAUCUAAU